UCACUACACAGACAUGUUUUCCCUUCAGACUUUCAGGAUAUCCAUGUGAUGAUAUUUGUUGGAUUUGGUUUCCUGAUGACCUUUCUGAAGAAAUAUGGAUUCAGCAGUGUUGGUAUCAACAUGCUCAUUGCUGCCUUCGGUGUCCAGUGGGGAACCCUGAUGCAAGGAUUUUGGCACAUAAGAAAUGGGAAAAUUCAUGUUGAUAUCAAAAGCAUGAUAAAUGCAGACUUCAGUACAGCAACUGCUUUGAUUUCAUUUGGAGCAGUCCUGGGGAAAACAAGUCCUGUUCAGAUGCUGAUCUUGACAAUUCUGGAGAUCACAAUCUUUGCAUGCAAUGAACAUCUAGUUACAGAAAUAUUUCAGGCCACAGAUGUUGGAGCCUCAAUGACCAUCCAUGCUUUUGGGACUUAUUUUGGUUUGGCCGUAGCUCUAGUCUUGUAUCGUCCUGGUUUGAAAAACAAACAUGAAAAUGAAGAAUCAACCUAUCAUUCAGAUAUAUUUGCCAUGAUUGGUACUCUGUUCCUUUGGGUUUGUUGGCCCAGUUGUAACUCUGCCAUGGCAUCUGAACGGACUAAAGCAAUUGUCAACACUUACUAUUCGUUGGCUGCAUGUACUGUCGUAACAUUUGCCCUCUCCAGCCUGGUGGAUCAAAAAGGCAAAUUCAGUAUGGGUCUCAUCCAAAAUGCCACCCUGGCAGGAGGAGUAGCAGUGGGUACCUGUGCUGACCUGUCAAUCCACCCUUUUGCUGCCAUGUGCAUUGGGAGCGUUGCUGGAAUCAUCUCUGUCCUUGGGUUCCAAUUCCUGAGUCCUUUGUUGGCAUCCAAGCUGAAGAUUCAAGACACUUGUGGAGUUCAUAAUUUACAUGGUUUACCUGGAGUACUGGGAGGUAUCGCUAGCAUCGUAGUAACUGCAAUAAACGAGGAAACUAAGGCAAGUGUCCUUUUUACUCCUGGCAGGCAGGCUGCUGCCCUGGGCAGUACAAUUGGAAUUGCACUGGCAGGCGGAGCAUUGACAGGUGGUAUUCUAAAGCUGCCCUUCUUGGGACAAGCAUCUGACCAGAACUGCUUUGAUGACUCUGUUUAUUGGGAGGUUCCAGAAGAGAAGAAACCACAUGAAAUUCACUCCAACAACUAUGAUGAGCAGAGCAGAGCUGAAGCCACCAUGUAG